AUGAUAUAUUUAAAAACCAUGCUGAAAGUUAUAGAUAACUCUGGUGCCCAAUUAGCUGAAUGCAUCAAAGUAUUGAAAAAGGGAUCUCCAAUGUCUUCCGGAGGCAUAGGUAAUAAGAUCGUAUGUGUGAUACAGAAGGCGAAACCUUUGAGUCAGAAUAUUACCGGUACAGUAAACACCAAUCGUGUCAAGAAGGGUGACAUUGUUCAUGCUGUUAUUGUUCGUACAAAGCAGAAAAACGGGUACAGAAAGGAUGGUUCUAACAUUAGUUUUGGUGAUAAUGCUUGUGUUUUGAUAAAUAAGAAUACCGGAGAGCCCUUGGGGACCAGAAUAGCUGUAAACGAUGGAGUUGUUGGAAGGGAAUUGUUAGAUAAGGGUUUUAAAAAGAUAUGUUCUCUGGCUAGCAAAGUCGUGUGA